AUGUUUCCUAAACUCUACACCGACGUCGGGAAUCCACAGACUUUGAAAUUGGUUAUUGCAGCGCGACUAUCGAACAAAGAUUUGCAAAUAAUCUUCACCGACGACGAAGUGGUGCCCUAUCUUACCAGGAAGCAGUUACCCGCCCUUGAAUUGAUUAAAACUGAUUUUUUAUUCUCAACCAAUGCUGCAGCAAGAUUCUUACUGAGUGCAGAUGUCAGUGAUACAAUUGUGGAAACUCAAAUCGACACCUGGUUGGAAUGGGAAUCAACAAAAUUGCAGAUACUCACAAAUAAUAUGUUGGUGUUGUCCUCUGGAACAGGCAAGGAAGAGAAAAGCACUUGCCUAUCUGACCUGAAAACUCUCCUCAAAUAUAUUGACAAUAAAUUGGAUGAAAAUGACAACACUCUUGUAAAAGGACAAAUAACAACUGCUGAUGUCAUUGUGUGUUUUUAUGUUCUUUUCUAUUUUUUCUUUUUCUUUCUCUCUCUUAUAAACUAUUAUGUUUUUCUUUUCUCUCUCUUUCAAACUCUUUUCUCUCUCUUUCAAACUCUUUUCGCUCUCUUUCAAACUCUUUUCUCUCUCUUUCAAACUCUUUUCUCUCUCUUUCAAACUCUUUUCUCUCUCUUUCAAACUCUUUUCUCUCUCUUUCAAACUCUUUUCUCUCUUUCAAACUCUUUUUCUCUCUUUCAAACUCUUUUUCUCUCUUUUCAAACUCUUUUCUCUCUCUUUCAAACUCUCUUUUUCUCUUUUCUCUUUCAAACUCUUUUCUCUCUCUUUCAAACUCUUUUCUCUCUCUUUCAAACUUUUUCUCUCUUUCAAACUCUUUUUCUCUCUUUCAAACUCUUUUUCUCUCUUUCAAACUCUUUUUCUCUCUUUCAAACUCUUUUUCUCUCUUUCAAACUCUUUUCUCUCUUUCAAACUCUUUUUUUCUCUCUUUCAAACUCUUUUUCUCUCUUUCAAACUCUUUUCUCUCUUUCAAACUCUUUUCUCUCUUUCAAACUCUUUUCUCUCUCUUUCAAACUCUUUUCUCUCUCUUUCAAACUCUUUUCUCUCUCUUUCAAACUCUUUUCUCUCUCUUUCAAACUCUUUUCUCUCUCUUUCAAACUCUUUUCUCUCUCUUUCAAACUCUUUUCUCUCUCUUUCAAACUCUUUUCUCUCUCUUUCAAACUCUUUUCAUCUUUUUUCUCUUUUUCUUUUUCUUUUUUAUUCUUUUUCUUUCUCUUUUUUAUUCUUUUUCUUUUCUUUUUAUUCUUUUUCUUUCUCUUUUUUUUAUUCUUUUUCUUUCUCUUUUUUUUAUUCUUUUUCUUUCUCUUUUUUUUAUUCUUUUUCUUUCUCUUUUUUUUAUUCUUUUUCUUUCUCUUUUUUUAUUCUUUUUCUUUCUCUUUUUUUUUUAUUUGUAUAUGUUUUUGUUUACUUUUUCCCUUUUCUCUCUUUUUAGGCUGGGAAACAGAAUAUUCGCGUGUCUAUGAUUGGUUCCAGAAUCUUUUGGUCAGGAAAGAAUUUCAAGAUGGUGUGAACCAAGUAACUGAUGGCAAAGGAAUUUCUGCAUUUAAAGCGGGUGGUUCAUUACCGAAAAGCCAAUCAACCGGCGUUAGUGUCAAGACAAAGAAAGACUCUGAGAAAGCUCCCAAGAAAGAGAAGAAAGAAGGGAAACCUGAUGUGAAGAAUAAUUCUUUUGUUCCUUCCAAAGUUUCUGCUUCAGAUGCUGAACAGGACCAAAUGGCUGAAGUAACUGUCACUGAUGAAGAAAUCUCCAUUGCUGUCUCCUCAUGGCACAAUUCCCAUCCUGUGACAAAGACAAAACGAUCACAUCCGAUUUUACCCAAACCAGAUGCCCGUAAUAUGCUUAUUACAAGCGCCUUGCCCUAUGUUAACAAUGUCCCUCACCUGGGCAACAUUGUUGGCUCUACCCUCAGUGGAGACGUUUUCUCAAGGUAUUGUCGACUCCGCGGAUACAAUUCUUUGUAUAUUUGUGGCACUGAUGAAUAUGGAACUGCAACAGAAACAAAAGCCCUGGAAGAGGGACUCACCCCACAACAAAUCUGUGACAAGUAUAACAAAAUCCACCGGGAAAUCUAUGAUUGGUUUCAGAUUUCUUUUGAUUAUUUUGGUCGAACGACAACACCCCAACAAACUGAAAUUGCCCAAAGUAUUUUUUGGAAAUUACAUCAAAAUGGCUUUAUUUCGGAAAACACAGUCGACCAACUGAAAUGUGAAAAAUGUGAUAAAUUUUUGGCUGACCGUUUUGUCGAAGGUAUUUGCCCCCUUUGUAGCUUUGAGGAUGCUCGUGGUGAUCAAUGUGAUAAGUGUGGGAAACUCAUAAAUGCUGUGGAAUUGGUAAAGCCUCGAUGUAAGACGUGUUUGAAUACACCCAUUCUAAAGUCCUCACGGCAUCUUUUCCUGGAUUUACCUGAGUUGGAAUCGAAUCUCAGUACACACCUGGAGAAAGUGUUUCCAGAUGGGAUCUGGACAAAUAAUGCAAAAGUGAUCACAAACUCAUGGCUGAGAGACGGACUCAAACCUCGAUGCAUCAGCCGUGACCUUAAAUGGGGGACACCUGUGCCUCUUGAAGGUUUUACAGACAAGGUCUUUUAUGUCUGGUUCGAUGCUCCAAUUGGUUACAUGUCUAUCACAGCCAAUUAUACAGACAAAUGGGAGAAUUGGUGGCGGAAUCCUGAGCAGGUGAAAAUGUAUAACUUUUUGGGUAAAGAUAAUGUUCCAUUCCAUAGUGUGAUCUUUCCAUGUACAUUACUUGGCACAAAAGAAAACUACACAGUUGUUGAUAGCGUUGUGGCCACAGAAUACCUGAAUUAUGAAGAUGGUAAAUUCUCCAAGAGUCGAGGAAUUGGCGUGUUUGGAGACAAUGCCAAAGAAACAGGAAUUCCUGCUGAUAUCUUCAGAUUUUACCUUUUAUAUGUUCGUCCCGAAUCGCAAGACACUGCAUUUGCGUGGGACGAUUUCCAAUUGAAAAACAACAGUGAAUUAUUGAAUAAUAUUGGAAACUUUAUUAACAGAGCCUUGACAUUUGUGAGUAACAGCUUUGAACAAACAAUUCAACCAAUGAAACUUGAGAAAGGAGACGAAAUCCUUAUUGCCCAAGUCAAUAAACAACUACAUUGUUAUAUUAACAACAUGGAAAAUGCCAAGUCAGUAUUUUUCUUUCUUUUUUUCCUCUUUUUUCUUUCCUCUCUUUUUUUUCCUCUCUUUUUUUCCUCUAUUUUCCUCUCUUUUUUCUUUCCUCUCUUUUUCUUUCCUCUCUUUUUUCCUCUCUUUUUCCUCUUUUUUCCUCUCUUUCUUUCCUCUCUUUUUUUCCUCUCUUUAUUUCUUUCCUCUCUUUAUUUCUUUCCUCUCUUUAUUUCUUUCCUCUCUUUAUUUCUUUCCUCUCUUUAUUUCUUUCCUCUCUUUAUUUCUUUCCUCUCUUUAUUUCUUUCCUCUCUUUUUUCCUCUCUUUUCUUUCCUCUCUUUUUUCCUCUCUUUUUUCUUUCCUCUCUUUUUUCCUCUCUUUUUUCCACUUUUCCUCUCUUUUUUCUUUCCUCUCUUUUUUCUUUCCUCUCUUUUCUUUCCUCUCUUUUUUCUUUCCUCUCUUUUUUCUUUCCUCUCUUUUUUCUUUCCUCUCUUUUUUCUUUCCUCUCUUUUUCUUUCCUCUCUUUUUUCUUUCCUCUCUUUUUUCUUUCCUCUCUUUUUUCUUUCCUCUCUUUCUUUUUUCCUCUUUUUUCCUCUCUUUUUUCCUCUUUUUUUCCCUCUUUUUUCCUCUUUUUUCUUUCCUCUCUUUUUUCUUUCCUCUCUUUCUUUCCUCUCUUUCUUUCCUCUCUUUUUUCCUCUCUUUAUUUCCUCUUUUUUCCUCUCCUCUCUUUUUUCCUCUUUUUUCUUUCCUCUCUUUUUUCUUUCCUCUUUUCUUUCCUCUCUUUUUUCUUUCCUCUCUUUUUUUUCCUCUCUUUUUUUUCCUCUCUUUUUUUUCCUCUCUUUUUUUUCCUCUUUUUUCCCUUCUUUUUUUUCCUCUUUUUUUUCCUCUCUUUUCUUUCCUCUUUUUCCUCUCUUUUUUUUCCUCUCUUUUUUUUCCUCUCUUUUUUCCUCUCUUUUUUUCCUCUCUUUUUUUCUCUUUUUUCCUCUUUUUUUUCCUCUCUUUUUUUCCUCUCUUUUUUCCUCUCUUUUUUUCCUCUUUUUUUCCUCUUUUUUUUUCCUCCUUUUUUUUCUUUUUCCUCUUUUUUUCCUCUUUUUUUCCCUCUUUUUUUUCCUCUUUUUUUUUUCCUCUCUUUUUUUCCUCUCUUUUUCUUUCCUCUUUUUUUUUUCCUUUUUUUUUUCCUCUUUUUUUUUCCUCUCUUUUUUUUUUUCCUCUCUUUUUUUUUUCCUCUCUUUUUUUUUUCCUCUCUUUUGACAAUUUGA